AACAAAGCCAGAGUAGAGAAAACUGUUUGAGCCAAAAUGGAGAUGUUUUCUUCCCGUGACAGUCCGGUGCCUCGCAGGUGAUUAACACGGUAAAGCUCCUCCUCAGCCUGCUACGUUACAGACAACCUGGAGAACUGCAUAUUGAGAUAAGGACAGAAACUACCAAGAUGGACACCUCACAACUUCCUAAAAUCCAGGAUGAGGACCGGGAAAGCAAGUUUGGAUAUGUACAUGGUGUUUCUGGACCAGUGGUGACAGCUACUGCGAUGUCAGGAGCAGCCAUGUACGAGCUGGUUCGUGUAGGUCACAGUGAGCUGGUGGGAGAAAUCAUCCGUUUAGAGGGAGACAUGGCAACCAUCCAGGUCUACGAGGAGACUUCUGGUGUGUCUGUCGGUGACCCUGUCCUGCGGACGGGGAAGCCCCUCUCUGUAGAGCUGGGUCCAGGAAUCAUGGGCUCCAUCUUUGACGGUAUACAGCGUCCACUAAAAGACAUCAAUGACCUCACUCAAAGUAUCUAUAUCCCAAGAGGAGUAAACAUUGGUGCUCUCAAUAGAGACCUCAAAUGGGAAUUUUCCCCCGGCCAGAGUCUUCGGGUCGGCAGUCACGUGACAGGUGGCGAUAUCUACGGCAUGGUUUUCGAAAACUCCUUGAUAAAGCACAAGCUGAUGCUCCCACCUCGCAACAGAGGCACCGUCACCUACCUGGCCCCACCUGGAAACUACGACAUUUCUGAUGUGGUUCUGGAGCUGGAAUUUGAAGGCGUGAAGGAGAAGUUCACCAUGAUGCAGGUGUGGCCUGUACGACAAAUCCGCCCCGUCACAGAGAAGCUACCUGCUAAUCAUCCGCUGCUGACUGGUCAGAGAGUUCUGGACGCACUUUUCCCUUGUGUCCAGGGUGGUACUACAGCUAUACCAGGCGCCUUUGGAUGCGGAAAGACGGUGAUCUCGCAGUCGUUGUCCAAGUACUCCAACAGUGACGUCAUCAUCUAUGUUGGCUGCGGAGAGCGUGGAAAUGAAAUGUCUGAAGUGCUGCGGGAUUUCCCCGAGCUUACUAUGGAGGUCGAUGGCAAGACUGAGAGCAUCAUGAAGAGAACAGCACUGGUUGCUAAUACAUCCAACAUGCCUGUGGCUGCCAGAGAGGCCUCAAUUUAUACAGGGAUCACACUGUCCGAAUACUUCAGAGAUAUGGGCUAUAACGUGAGCAUGAUGGCCGACUCGACGUCUCGAUGGGCCGAAGCUCUGAGAGAAAUCUCUGGACGAUUAGCUGAGAUGCCUGCUGACAGUGGGUAUCCUGCUUACCUGGGCGCCAGGCUCGCCUCCUUCUAUGAGCGCGCUGGACGUGUGAAGUGCCUGGGGAAUCCAGAGAGAGAAGGCAGCGUCAGCAUCGUAGGAGCUGUGUCUCCCCCUGGUGGAGAUUUCUCAGACCCUGUCACUUCAGCCACAUUGGGAAUUGUUCAGGUGUUCUGGGGACUGGACAAGAAGCUGGCUCAGAGAAAACACUUCCCCUCAGUGAACUGGCUGAUUAGCUACAGCAAGUACACAAGAGCUCUGGACGAAUAUUACGACAAACAUUUCCCUGAGUUUGUUCCUCUCCGUACAAAAGCCAAGGAGAUCCUACAGGAGGAGGAGGACCUGGCUGAAAUCGUGCAGCUUGUAGGCAAGGCUUCUCUUGCAGAGACGGAUAAGAUCACUCUAGAAGUUGCAAAGCUCAUUAAGGAUGACUUCCUGCAGCAGAAUGGUUACACCCCCUACGACAGGUUCUGCCCCUUCUACAAAACCGUUGGCAUCCUCUCAAACAUGAUCUCUUUUUACGACAUGGCCCGGCACGCGGUCGAGUCCACAGCACAGAGUGACAACAAAAUCACCUGGGCCAUGAUCAGGGAGCACAUGGGAGAAAUCCUGUACAAAAUCAGCUCCAUGAAGUUCAAGGACCCUGUUAAGGAUGGCGAGGCUAAGAUUAAAGCAGACUUCGCCCAGCUGCUGGAGGACAUGCAGAACUCCUUCCGAACCCUGGAGGAAUGAGUUUUCUUCAUCUCAGGCCCUCUCCCAAAUAUUCAAACCCCAGUGCAGUGCAACAUAGUGCAGAUUGUAUGGCCCUUGUCCUGAGUGUCUGCCUCUGUCUCUUUUAUUCCUCUGUGUUUACGUCCCCUUAAACAUUCCUGCACAAAUUUCCAUUUCUUUUAGUUGGGUUUUUGAGUCAUCUACUUCAAAAACACAAUACUGGAGUCCCUUAAAAAACUCUGAAAGUACAACAGAUGUAGCAACACCUUCAGUCAGCCCUCAGCAUAGCACUUAUAAAUCACUACAUCAUCAUGCUGUGGUCAAAAUCAGUGGGCCCCAAUCAGGUGCUGUACUUGCACUCAACCGAUAGCUGCAACAAAGAGUGGAAAGAGAUGUUUCUUUCCCCCAGAUGUGACAGUGAUCAAAACAGAUAAUUAAUCAAAUGGGAACACUCACAUGGGCAAAGGGACAGAAGCACUGCGUUACUGUAUAUCAGGGGGUUAAAGACAUUCUUCCAACUCUUACCUCUAAUGUGUGAUGCUCAUGUUGUGGACAAUAUACUUGAUAUUAUGUGCAAAAAAUGUGAAUGAAUGAGUCUGUUAGGAGUUGUGUUGUCUCACUAUUAUAUUUGUGGUUGUUGUUGUCUCCUGAAAUAAAUGUAAA